ACUUGCCGGGUGUUUUGAUUUGUCGCGUAGAUAUUUGGCGUUUGGCGUCUUUUCCUGGUUAGUUGGAUUAACUUGGCACAUUCAACUGGUCUAUACACAACUUCGGAACGAUGACUGACGAUAUAGACGUUGAGGCCAUGCUAGAGGAUCAUUAUGCUCGAGAGGUAAGUCUCACUCGUCCACAGUUUAGGGUCCCUUGGCUUGUAUAUGAUCAUGUAAUCUGAUCUUGACAGAAGUUCUUUAUGUUUUGUUAGGAUACUCUGGGUCUACGAUCCUCGUUGACGUCGUUGUGGACGUCUGGCCCUUUCCCACAGCUGUAGUUAUCAAUUGAUUAUUUCGGUAUGUUUUACGAAAGUAUUUAUUUUGCUGCCUGUCUUUUUUGUCCCUCUCCACCUCCUGAAUCUGCUAAUGUUGUCGCUCAAUAGGGAUAUUCAAGAUCAAAUGGUCAUCGGAGGCGUGGUCGGUCGCGCUCAAGAGAUCGUAGUAGGAGACACCGCUCGCGAAGCAGAAGCAGAGAACGUCGCCGGGAUAAGAACUACGAGCCUGAUCGUGGACGGCAUGAGCGACGUCACAGUUCACGUGACCGUGAUCGGCACCGUUCGAGUAGGGAUGCAGAGCACAAAUCCUCGCGAAGUGAGAAACGUCACAAAUCGUAAGUUCCUUUUGGUAAAAUUUAUUUCUGUAUUCAGCCCUGAACUCACUCCAGAAGAGCGUGAUGCUAGAACAGUGUUUGUAUGGCAGCUCUCUGCCCGCAUUCGGCAGCGAGACUUAGAAGACUUUUUACAUCCGUUGGCAAAAUCAGAGACGUUCGCUUGAUAAUGGAUAACAAGACAAAGCGAUCCAAGGGUAUAGCCUAUGUUGAGUUUCGUGAGGUAGAGUCAGCACAGUUAGCUCUUGGACUCACUGGUACUCGUCUCCUUGGCGUUCCAAUCCAAAUUCAACAGAGUCAUGCCGAGAAGAAUCGAGUAAAUGCUACUCCUUCACUACCUCGCCCGUCUCAACAAAACAAAGGUCCUAUGAAAUUGUAUAUAGGUUCAUUGCACUAUAAUAUCACAGAGGAAAUGUUGAAAGGUAUCUUCGAACCAUUUGGAAAGAUAGAAGACAUCAAACUAAUUAAAGACCCGGCUACAAACCGUUCUCAAGGCUAUGGUUUCGUAACAUACGUCAACAGUGAUGAUGCAAAGAAAGCGUUAGAUCAGCUUAAUGGAUUUGAGUUGGCUGGGCGACCGAUGAAGGUGAACCACGUUACUGAACGCAGUGAGUAUGCCUGCCUAAGCGCUCUGGACAAUGAUGAUGCUGAUCGCUCGGGCGUGGAUCUUGGAACAACUGGGCGGUUAGCUCUUAUGGCGAAACUCGCCGAAGGCACAGGCUUAGAAAUUCCAAAGGCAGCUCUGGCUCAACUUCACAUUGGACAAAAUAACCCCAUUCUGGGAUCAGCUGGAAGUGUCAGCUCGUCAUCUGCGAUUGCUCCCCCCGUUUGCACUCAGUGUUUUAUGCUAUCUAACAUGUUUGAUCCACAUGUGGCCACCCAUUCAGUCUUUGAGGAAAUACGUGACGAUGUUGUAGAGGAGUGCACUAAAGUUGGUGGGUGUCUUCAUAUAUUCGUGGAUCGCACUAGUGCUCAGGUAAUGUUUACGUUAAGUGUCCCAGCAUUGCAGUUGCUUCUCAAUGUGUUAACAUGUUACAUGGUCGCUAUUUUUCUGGUCGUCUGAUAACUGCAGCAUAUGUUCCUCUUAUAAAUUACCACCAAUUGUUUCCAGAUUCAGUGACUGCAAAAACACUAUUGCAUCCUUCAAACUGAAAAGAUACUUGUAAAUAGUCUAUUUGUCUUUUGACUACUGCAUUUGUCAAUACAUACGCAUAACC